AUGGGCCAAAGCUGGAUCCAGCUGCUGGAUCCUGCUUGUACACGGCUCCUGCUGCUGCUGCCCAGCGAGGCGGAUCCGCUGCAGGUCGUCGCUGAAGGCCGCCUUGGGGACGUCCGGGACUACCACAGGCACAGGUAUAAGCAAGGAAUUCCUGAAGGUGUGCAAGAUCUCCCUCCCGGCGUAGCCCUCCCGCUGGAAUCAAACCUGGCCUACAUGAACGGUAUCAGCUUUACCAAAGGCUGCUACAUCGGUCAGGAGUUAACAGCCCGGACACACCACAUGGGCGUCAUUCGCAAACGUCUGUUGCCGAUUCAGUUUUCCACCCCUCUUCCCUCGGAAAGUAUUCCCGAGGGCGCCGAGAUCUUAACGGAAUCGGGAAAAUCAGCUGGCAAGUUCCGGGCUGGAGAUGCUGAACUUGGAAUAGCUUUGCUGAGGCUGGCUAAUAUAAAGGAACCGCUUUACCUCAAUGCGCCGGGUGGAAAAGUGAAACUCACUGCAACUAUACCCGAGUGGUGGCCAAAAACUGCCGGCAAAUAAACGAGGAACCACUUCCCGCACAGUUGCCUUAGUGAGAAUGUAUUUUGUCCGAGAA